AAAAAUAUUACUGAUAAUAUUCCAGAACAGAUGGAACAAAGUAUACCAAUUAAAUAGAUUGCCCAAUCAGGACAAUUCGAACUAGAUGCCAUAAUGGCAGGUAAAAUAAAAAUCUACGGGCCUAAAGAUCCUACCAUCAAUAUGAUUCUAAAAGUGAUAAAAUUUACAAUUUUAGGUAAUUAAGCUAAACCAAUAAAAGCAACUGUUUAAUAACAAAACCACAUUAAAUUUCCUAAAUUGUUUUCAUCUCCAGGAAAUCUUUUAGCAAAAAUGUCUUAUUAACACAUUUUUCCGGCAAUGUUAAAUGAUAUAAAAAAUACAUAGAUUAAUAAGGCUUGCAAAGCAAGGGGAAAGUUCUUAUCUGAAGUUGUGUAUUCUGACUUCCUAAUAUGAGAUUUGA